UUCCCCUUCACAGUCGCCUCUUUGCUUUAUUUCCAAUUCUCUUGCCGCUCUCUCUCUCUCUCUCUCCUAUUCAGUCGGUGCUGUAUACUGUGCUUCCGAAUAAAUUAAUGUCUACAAGUAGGAAGGAGACCUCUUACACAAAAUGACGGAACUAAAAAGCUCCGAUCUUUGAUUUUUUUUACUAAUACUACUACUCCUACUACUACUAUGAAUGUUUAGCUUAGCUAUUUCACUUCUUUACUUACAUACCCACAAUACUACCUUCUUCUUCUUCUUCCUGCUACGCCACACUCGGAGAUCGAUCUACUACUGCUGCUAACACUGAUGCAUUCGAUUUUCUUUUGAUUUCAGAUGAAGUGGUGAAUAACUCCUAGAACACUGGAAUAUAAAGUGGGGCUGACACAUAUACAAUGGAGAAGUAUGAGGUACUGGAGCAAAUUGGUAAAGGAUCCUUUGGAUCAGCACUACUGGUUAGGCACAAACUUGAAAAGAAGAAAUAUGUCAUGAAGAAAAUCCGCCUUGCUCGUCAGACUGACCGUACAAAGAGAUCUGCUCACCAGGAGAUGGAGCUUAUUUCAAAAGCAAGAAAUCCAUUUAUUGUGGAGUACAAGGAUUCAUGGGUAGAAAAGGGGUGCUAUGUCUGCAUUAUUAUUGGAUACUGUGAAGGUGGAGAUAUGUCUGAUGCAAUAAAAAGAACCAAUGGCGUUCAUUUUUCUGAAGAGAAAUUAUGUAAUUGGUUAGUCCAACUUCUGAUGGCUCUGGAUUACUUGCACAAAAAUCAUAUCCUUCAUCGAGACGUUAAGUGUUCGAAUAUAUUUCUGACUAAAGAUCAAGAUAUACGUCUCGGCGAUUUUGGUCUUGCGAAAAAAUUAACUUCUGACGAUCUUGCUUCCUCUGUUGUUGGAACGCCGAGUUAUAUGUGUCCUGAGCUCCUUGCCGAUAUACCUUAUGGUUCAAAGUCAGACAUUUGGUCUUUGGGAUGCUGCAUAUAUGAAAUGGCUGGACAUAAGCCUGCAUUUAAAGCUUUUGAUAUGCAAGCUCUGAUCAUUAAAAUACACAAGUGUAUUGUUUCUCCGCUUCCUGUCAUGUAUUCUGGCGCAUUUCGAGGGCUUGUCAAGAGCAUGUUGCGGAAGAAUCCAGAACUUAGGCCAAGUGCUUCGGACUUGCUAAGGCAUCCACAUCUUCAAUCUUACGUUCAAAACAUCCAUCUGAAGUCCAAUAUUUCCAGACGAAACACAUUUCCACUCCAAUCAACAGAUUCCGACUGUUUAAAGCAGACAAGAAUUUUCGAGCCUGAAGUUGUCACUCUUGUUAAGCCAAGGGAGAAAAUCCGAUCUUUAAACAAUUACAGAAGCUUGAAUCCUAGUGUAUCUGCAACCGAACAAGAUUCCCCUUGUUCUUAUCGAAGAAAUGAACAUCUUGCUGCUAGUCGAUCCAACAAAUCCUCACAAAUAUCAACUGUAAGUGCAAAGGAAGACAGGAUUCCUAUUAACAGGUCAUCAGCUCCAAGGUAUACAAAACCGAUACUGUCAAAACCUUGUUCAACUCCAAGGAGACAAACAGCUCCACCAAAGAUUUCCAAUGGUCCCAAACGCGGUCUGCUUCCGGCACUGCGAACUCCAACAUCACGUCGAGCAUCGCUCCCACUUACUCGAACGGCCAAAUCGGAAUCAUCGACGUAUAAGCCAAAUAUGGGUCUUCUAGGGAGUUUGGAUUCUCCUAAUAUAUCAGUCAACGAGCCUCGAAUCGAUAAGAUGGUUGACUUUUUAGCAUCACGCGAUGAACCGUUCUUCCCCAUCCGGCCCACUUCAUCAACAUCGGCCCAAUGCUCCUCUACAUCAUCUCCGCUGGACAAACGAACGGUUCAGAUGCAAAAGCGAUCAAUGAAAUCAGUUUUCAUUGAGUCUCCGCAAAAGGGAAGUGAAAGCUCGGAUCAUAAUCGAACGACAGUUGUGUCGAGCCACUCGUCUUCAGAUUCUCGUCACCGUCGGUUUGACACCUCGUCGUAUCAGCAGAGAGCGGACGCCUUAGAGGGACUGUUGGAAUUCAGUGCGCAGCUGAUGCAGCAAGGAAGGUAUGAUGAGUUGGGAGUUUUGCUGAAACCGUUUGGACCUGGGAAAGUAUCUCCCAGGGAAACUGCCAUUUGGAUAACCAAGAGCUUUAAGGAAACCGGGGCUUAGGUCAUGUUUGGUUCGAGUAAAUAAUGAAUGUACGUACUUGCAGGCAGGCGACGAAUCCUUUUUCUUAAGAAAACCCCUUAGGUAACACAGAAGCUUGCUUGCAAGUAAGCUUUUACUUAGAGGAUAUGUGAAAUGUUAAAGCUUGUUAACACGGCUAGACUAUUUUUCGAAGACAUUUAUGGGUUCUUUAUUGUUCGGAUUCAAUUACUUCAAAUAGGCAUAUUAUGAUUGAUCCUAUUACUAUGGAUAGACUAUUGUUUCUAAUGGAGUACGAAACUAUUUCAGUCUUUGGAA